UUUUAUUCCUUGUUUAACAAAAAUACAAAAUAAAUCAAGUAAAUAAAUAAUUAGAAGAAUAAAAAUGACUUUAGUACUAAAAGUUGAUUGUCGUGCAUGUAAUCGAGAAUGUGGUGAUUAUAAGCAUUUGUUGGAUGAGACGGUUAUCGAUGAUGAAUCAACGACAUUGGCGGCUUUACUAAACUACUGCACCACAUUGGAGUGUUUUGGUGAAAAUCAUGAAAAUGGCAUGCCCGAACACAUAUGCAAUAGCUGCGUGGAACAUCUACUGCAAUCUUACCUAUUUAAAGAAAUGGUCUUGCAGAACGACCGGGCUUAUAGGGAGCGUUUGCAUGUAGAGGUACAAGCAAAACAAACGAAAGAAGAAAUGGUAGACGCAGUUAUUGAAGAGGAACAAAUUGUUGAACAAGAAAUUGAUGUGGGUGGUGUGGAAGAAAAUGUGGAAAAUCCAGAAGAACUUGUUUCGGAGAUCGAAGAGAUUCAUGAAAGCAAUAAUAUGGAGACAGAAUAUGAAUAUGAAGAGUGGCUAGAAAUAGAUGAAUGUGAUUCCGAAGUUACCAAACGAGAGGAUUCAACAAGCACAAACUGUAUUGAGAAUGAAGGGGAUAUUAAUGUAAUAUUGGUUAAAAAUGAGGCAGAUGAAGAAAAUGGUGAAUACAUUUUAAGCACUCUAAAUGAUAGUGACGCUGAUGAGGAACUUAAAGGUUUUGAUAAUUCUAAGGAAAUUGAAGAAAAAGAUGAAAACUGUGAAAUUGAAGAGUUAGAAGAUAAUGCAAAAGCAAAAGAUGUAAAAAAAAUUGUUAAAAGGAAAUCUUUAAAGGGAAAUAGUUUAACGGAAGCUGACUUAACUUGUCAAUAUUGUGGCAAAGUGUUUGAUAAAAUGUGUCGAUUGCGAGAGCACAGCUAUGUGCAUACAGGUGAAAAACCUCAUGUGUGUAAAAUCUGCGGCAAAAAAUCAAGAACAAAAACCCAUUACAAUGUUCAUAUGUUAACACACAGUGAUGAAAAACGUUAUAAGUGUUCUAUAUGUGGACAACACUAUCGUACUUCAACCAGUCUGCGAGUUCAUGAACGAAAACAUAGUAAUAUUCGCCCCUACGCCUGUGAAUUAUGCGAUAAAACUUUCCAUACGGCAGAGCAGAGGAAACUCCAUUUUAUGCUGCACACAGGAGAACGGCCAUAUAUUUGUGGAACUUGUGGAAAAUCAUAUCGGGAAAGUCAUUCUCUUAAAGUGCACAUGACGACACAUGAAGAUGUGAAGCCGUAUCAGUGUGAAGUAUGCGGCAAAGGUUUAAGCCAAAUGUCCGGCUAUAGACGCCAUAUGCUGUUACACACUAAUGAAUAUCCCUAUAAAUGUGACAUUUGUGGUCGACCCUUCCGUAUAUCCAGUAAUUUGGCGGCACACAAGCGUUUGCAUUUAGAUGUUCUGCCCUAUCAGUGUACUAAAUGUGAUAAAGCUUUUAAUAACUCCACACGACUGCGACGCCAUAUGGUACAACAUGAACCCAAAGAGGAAGUGUUUAAACCUCGCAAGCCACGACAAGAUACCAUUAUUGUAGAUUCCAGAAUAGCCAAAUCAAAUGUGGUGGAGAUUAUUUAGAAUAUGAUAUGUGUAUAAAGCAUUUUUUAAUCAUGUUUUUAUGAUAUCUGUUUUUAUAAGAAUAAUUACAAUUAAUUGUGUUUUGUUGAUGUGAAACAAAAUUAACUAUAGAAUUUAAAUUAAAUACACACUAAGGAAAUAA